AUGGUCGAAUACAUUCCACCCCCUGAUCCUCGAACCCUCAUUCCUCCUCUCCUCGCCUGCAUUGCUACUGCGUUUAGCUCUCCCAAGCCUCCUCCCGCGCUGCUGGCAUUGAUUUCUCCAAUCCUUCGCCAGCGCGUACAGAUCCUCAGCUCUGUUUCACAGUCGCCUUCGGAUUCAUGGCUACGAUUAUUAUGUUGGGAUGCUGGGAAAGCAGAACGGUUGCAGAACAUCGUUGAGGGUGCUACGUUUGAGCCACAUCCCGUUUCUGGGGAAAUUGAGAUCCCCGAUGACGUCCCGAUUACGUAUAAGCGGUUAGACACGGAAACUCUUCGAUCGCACCUUCCCAUCCCCGACUUUAAUCUUUCGGCGUUGUAUGUUUGGUGCCCUGUAGAUUUAGAAGGCAGCGGACCAGGUUGGAGGGUUGCAGAGGUAUUGCCAGGAGAUGCUCUGCAGGAGGAAGCAGGCAGCUGGUCGGGAUCUAUUGGAGAAGCUGAUGAAUAUCGGCAGGUGAAACUUCUACGGGACGCAUUACAAGAAGCAGAGGAUAGUGAAUCUCAUAAGGUGGCUUCGAAGAUUUCCCAAGGUCAUGUGGUGGAACCGGAGAAUGAAAAGGAAGAUGAGGAUGAUGAUGACGGUUACUGGGCGCAAUAUGACAAUACCCCAGGCAAGACACCGUUAAAACGAUCUCCCGCACCAAUCCAGUCUCAAUACAAUGGCUUUGGUCCAGGUCCAUACCCAACUUCCUCGGACUCUUACUUCGCCAGAUACAACAGAGUGCAACCGGCGUUAGAUAACGAUGACCCGGCCGUUGACCAAAGUGAGCUAGGACAGUCGACAUUGAACGGUGAUACCAUUACUUCUAUCCUCCAACAGCAGUCAGAGGUGGUGCUGUCAGAAGCACCAACUGGUACCGCACUGUACGAUGACGGCAAAGAAGACUAUGACUCUCUCGCGAGGUCCCGCGUUCUUUUGAGCCACCCCAGGCCUUCUUCAGCAUCUUCCUCUGGCGGCUCGGAAACAGUCAGCAAACUAGAAAAGACGGCGGAAAGCCAAUCUCUUUCUGAGAUUGGAGUGAAGCAACACAUCUCCUCGAACAUAAAGAGUCUCUUUAGGUUGGCGCGGGCGACCGGGUUGUCCAGAGCGGAGUUUGAAUCGAUCGUUAGGAGGGAAUUGGACUGCCUCGCUUUGACAGAUGUGGAUAACUAUGAUGAGUGA